GAAAACAUUUGUUUUGAGCACACAAUCUGAGGUCAGCUCAACCCAGCAUUGCAGGCUAACGUCAAUGUUUCAAAAUGAGUAAAGGCUCCACUGCUAACAAUGACGCUGGCUGUCCAGCAGAGUCCGGUUGUUGUGACAGUCACAAAAACGUGUGCGAGGAGAGACGGGGUCCUAUAACGACAAAGAAACAAGAAGUCAGGCGGCGAUCGGCCUUCGCAACCUCCGCACCCAGCUUGACCUCCUGCUUUCAUCAACGCCGUUGGUCCGCCGAUUGUUGCCACGACAACAGCUCGCCUGUCAUCAUUGUCAAGAAAAACGUAAGGGAACCACAGCCUCCAGAGCGGGGAGUGUCCCUUCUCAGAUGCCACACUCCAUCUCGCGAUCCGCGACGUUACUCCAGUCCAAUUACUGGGAUAGUCUCCAUGAAUCCUUCCUGCUCUUCCAUUGUGCAGACAUCUGCCAUAACUGGCCACGACCCUCUCGGUUGGAAGUUACGCCCGAAAUCCAGCACGUCUUCCAAUCGGGCUCAGAGUAAUCGGUUAUCUCUGCAGAUACCGCUCCCCGAGGCCAAUUUUCGCCUCGCCAACACAUCACCCACAACUCCACUUGAUCCUGCAACUAUCAAAAGUAAACCAUCCCGUCGCCACCACUCGGACUCCUUAGCCUUCCUCAGGUCCACGCCCGCCGUCACCCUCGAAGAACUCCGCGAUGUGCGUCUACGCCCGAUCGUCGGCUCGGAUGAACCGGACGACGUCUUCGGCGAAGCGUACGCUCAGCCGGGCAAAAAGCCACCAGCUGUUCCCUUAAAAAGUCCUCUGGCGAGAAAAAUAGCCCAACUCAUUGCUCAUUCAUGGAAACAGAAAAUGUGCGCUGCCCCAAAAAAUGGUCAAGAGGAAAUUAUUUAUAGCGUAAUACAGCCGAAAGCUAAAACGCAACAAGUUGAGAACAGGGCCGGCCCAGCGAAUACGCAGACUAUGCAGCUGCUUAGGGCCCCUGACCACUAGGGGGCCCCAAAUCUGGCAAUUGUUUAAUUUAUAUUCUAUUUUGUUUACUGCAGUUUGCUUUAUUUGACUUUUGUGAAUUUUGAUACUUGAUUACAAGCUUUAAAAAAUUGAAAAUUCUUCCUUAAUUCUUUCUUUCCUCUUUUAGAUAAAGGUUUGGCGCUAUCUACUGUAAGUACUGACAAUCAUUUGGGGUGAGAAGUUUGAAGUAUGCAGUGCAACAAAAUCUGAUUAAUAUACAAAAUAUGGACGUAUGGGUUGGAUUGCAUGUAUGGGUUUCACAGUACACUGUGACGAAAUGGUGGGCCAAAAAUAUGGGCCCCUUUGCAUUUUUUUGCUUAGGGCCCCCAAAUGGCCUGGGCCGGCCCUGGUUGAGAAGCAUCACGAGCUCUACGCCAACAUAAAUGGUAUGCGCUUAAAAAGUGAUGAAUACCGUAAUUUCCCGAAUAUAACGCGCCCUUUUUUUCCCCAAAAUCAACUUGUAAACUCAUGGUGCGCAUUAUAAAGGGUACAUGGAUGGAGACAGAAAUAUAUAUGUAUUACAUAUAUAUAUAUAAACCGAUUUUUUUUCAUUGACACGGCCACGUUGUGUUGAAGAAACGUAUGCGGCGACCCGUUGCCGACCAUUACGGUAUGUGACGUCACCAUUUUUUUCCGGUAAUACUUCACUCUAAUCGGCCGAAUGAUUUCGUCUGUGUUAAAUUCUGCUUUUUUCACUCUUCAUAAAGCACAGAAUUUAGUUUCUUGAACUCAUUUGAGUCGACGUUUAUUGCAGCUCCGCAAUUCGGACCAUAACAAAUGUAAGGACACACACUUCCUGUGUCCGUCAACUAUAUCGGUCCCUCGGGAAACUCAAACCCAAAUAACAAUAGAUUCCUUUUGUUACUGUCGUGUUGACAGCGAUGACCUCUCACGGAUUUCCGACUUACGUUCUCACUUUCAUUUUACCGUAUCAAUCCAUGGAAGAAACAUUUAUUCAUCAUGAGGAAACGAGCAAGUUAUACAGCAGCCUUUAAAAGAAAAGUCACAUCUGUUUUGUUUUCUCCUAGAUUCUGGUAAGUUGGAGAAGUUGUCAAAUCAUAUUAUUAGCGUAAAUAUUGUCAGUUUACGGUAAUGUUUUGAACUACCAAUGUGCUAUGCUUGUGCUGUGUUUCACCAGUCAGUAAAAUGACAUCUCUGUAUCUAUACACUAGCUCUGUUUUCUUGUAUUGUUCUAUUUAUUGGUGCUAAAAUUAGGGUGCGCGUUAUAAACGGGUACAAUAAUUUCCCCCAGAUUUUACAAGUAAAUGUGGGGUGCGCAUUAUACACGGGUGCGCCUUAUAUUCGGGAAAUUACGGUAAUUACAAAAGCUUAAGAGAUUUUGUAAGAGAAAAGAUUACAAUCCAAUAAAGCCUUUCUUUACUAUUCUAUAAUGCUCAUUGGUGAUUUAAAGGUUUAUUCACAUUUAGUGUAAAAAAAAAAAAAAAAAAAAAAAAAAAAAAAGAUUAAAAAAAAAGUGGUGUUGCACCAAUACCAUUUUUUGGCUUCCGAUACAAAUUGCGACAACCGGCUGUGUGGUCUCGGCCGAAGCCGAUACUGUACUGAUUACAUGUUAGCUAUUGAUGGUGCUAGAUGUGCAAUCUGUUUUUUUUUU